UUGGUACUGGGCCUGCUUUAUUAAGCUCUUGGGAACAAGAAGCGGGCCAUUGUUGUUUUUUAUUAUCUUUGCUAUUGACCAUCCUAAUCUCAGUUCCCGGUCUCCAGGGUUCCUGGAGUUCCUGCUCUCUGCGCUGGGCAGGGAAGGAAAGUGAGCUCUGGGGGUGGAGGGCAGAGGUAGGGUCAAAGUUGCUUCCCUGCCACCACACCUGUCUGUCCUGGGAGCCACAGUUACUUCAGUGUGUGUGAGUUUGUAGCAGGGCAGGAGAGGAGAGAAGGCGGGUGGAGGGGCUGCAGCUGGAGUUGGGACUGUCUGUGUGUGCAAGCCAGGGGGACAGACAGCCUGGCACACUGAAGUCAGGUGCCAGGACCCAUGAAGCCUGCUGACUUAUGGGGAUACCACUGGAUGGGAAUCCUGCUCUCAGCCUCGCUUUGGACCAUAUGGAGUCCUCCAGCUGCAGCCCAGUUCACCUUCAAUGCCAACCGACGUGACGCCAUACAAAGUGAGAAGGAUGUUGUUCUAUCCAUGUCUGGGACCCCCAGGACACCCCAGACUCACGGCAGAUCCAGAGGGCUGGCCAAGCCCACCAUUGAGGUCAGCUCGGGCACUGCCAUAGAGCAGAAGGAAAUGGUGACCUUCUAUUGCAACACCAACGAUGUCAACAUUACCAUCCACUGGGUUUCCAACAACCUCCCCCUCAUAUUCCAUGAGCGUAUGCAGCUGUCCAAGGAUGGCAAGAGCCUCACCAUCCUCAUUGUCCAGAGGGAGGACUCAGGGACCUACCAAUGUGAAGCUCAAGAUGCCUCUGGGAGUGAGAGCAGCGACCCCACCUUCUUGGAUGUGAAUUAUGGUCCUGACCCUGUUGAAAUCAAAUUGGAGUCUGGUGUUGCCAGUGGGGAGGUGGUUGAGGUGAUGGAGGGCUCCAACGUGACCUUCUUGGUGGAAACAAAGUCUCAUCCACCCCCUUCCUAUAUGUGGUUUCUCCCUGAUUCCUCCAAUCUGUCUCCCACCAUGAGAACAUUCACCAUCCAUGCUGUGUCCAGAGAACAUGAGGGCCUGUACAGGUGCUUGGUGUCCAACGCUGCCACCCACCUGUCCCGCCUGGGUACUCUGAAGGUCCAAGUCCUUGAAACACUGACCACACCUCAAGUCAUGUCUUCAAGCCCAGACCUUGUGGAGAAUGCCAGGUCUGUGGCCCUGACCUGCCAAACUGACCAUGAGAGGGUGAAUGUCCAGUGGUUCCUGAGUGGCCAGCCCCUCCUGCCCAGUGAGCACCUGGAGCUGUCGGCUGACAACAGGACCCUGACCAUCCAUGGCCCCCAGCGGAACGACACAGGGCCCUAUGCCUGUGAGGUCUGGAACUGGGGCAGCCAGGCCCGGAGUGAGCCCCUUGAGCUCACCAUCAACUAUGGUCCUGACCGAGUGAACAUCACCAAGGAGUCAGCGUCUGAGGUGGUCAGCACCAUCAAGGCAGAGCUCAACUCCAGCCUGACCCUGCAGUGUUGGGCCGAGUCCAAGCCAAGCGCUGAGUAUCGCUGGACUCUUGAACACUCCACUGGGGAGCACAUGGGAGAGCAGCUGAUCAUCAGGGCUCUGACCUGGGAACACGACGGGAUCUACAACUGCACAGCCUCCAACCCGCUCACUGGCCUGGCCCGCUCCGCUUCUGUCCUAGUCAAGGUGGUAGGUCCCCAGUCCACCUCCCUGUCCUCAGGGGCCAUCGCUGGUAUUGUCAUCGGGAUCCUGGCUGUCAUUGCUCUGGCCACAGAAAUGGUCUAUUUUCUCUACAUCAGAAAUGCCAGACGGCCCUCAAGGAAAACAACAGAUGACCCCAUUCAUGAGACUUCACAACCCACCCCUAAGGAGGAGCACCCUACAGAGCCCAGUUCCAAAAGCCUGAGGCCUGAGUAUUGCAACAUGUCCCAGCUCCAGGGAUGCAGCAGAGUUGAAAAGAUGCAACCACCAGACCCUCCAGAGAAGACCUAUGAGACGAAGCUGCCUUCAGAAAGCCCUGGAGGCAAUUCUUUCAGCCCCUGGAAGCCACCACCCAAAGCUCUGAUGCCCCCACUCAGAUUGCUCUCCACUCAGCCAAAGAGUAACAUGGAGUCAGUCUAUAAGGAGCUUGUGAAUCCAGAGCCCAACACUUACGCCCAAAUCAAUCCCUUGGUCUAAUGGAAGCAGAGAUCUUUUCUCCAGGAGUCCUAGAGAAACCACGCUUGGUCAUAUAUUUAAUGACAUUUAUUAAGUGUAUAUUAUAAC